AUGCGAUCGCUCAUUCCACCCGUUCAUUUUGCUCGCUCAUUCCGCUCGUUCAUUCCGCCUGCUCAUUCCCAUCACUCAUUCCGCCACUCAUUCUAUUUCGCUCGCUCAUACCACCCACUCAUUCCAUCCGAUCAUUCCACCCGCUCAUUCCGCUACCUCAUUCCGCCCACUCAUUCCGGCCUCAUUCGCCCGCUCAUUCCACCCGCUCAUUCCACCCGCUCAUUCCGCCCACUCAUUCCGCCCGCUCAUUCCACCUGCUCAUUCCGCCCACUCAUUCCGCCUGCUCAUUCCGCUAGCUCAUUCUGCCUGCUGAUUCCGCCCGCUCAUUCCACCCGCUCAUUCCACCCGCUCAUUCCGCCCACUCAUUCCGCCCGCUCAUUCCGCCAGCUCAUUCCGCCUGCUGAUUCCGCUCCACCUGCUCAUUCCGCCCGCUCAUUCCACCUGCUUAUUCCACCUGCUCAUUCCACCCGCUCAUUCCGCCCCUCAUUCCGCCCGCUCAUUCCACCCGCUCAUUCCGCCCACUCAUUCCGCCCGCUCAUUCCGCUAGCUCAUUCCGCCAGCUGA